AUGCGCACUCGUAGUAAUUCUGGUGUACGAUUAGAUUACUACCAGAGAAUUGUACAUAAGUUAAUUCUUGACCACCAGCAGCCUGUGACUGGCUUGUUUCCAGCUAGCCCUCAUAACGAUCACGCUUGGAUAAGAGACAAUUUGUAUUGUAUAUUAGCAGUAUGGGGUCUUUCUAUGGCCUUCAAGAAAAUAGCAGAUCAAGAUGAAGAUCGGGCCAAAACUUAUGAAUUGGAACAAAGCUGUGUAAAGCUUAUGAGAGGUCUUCUUAUGGCUAUGAUGCAACAAAAAGAAAAAGUUGAGAAAUUUAAGAGUACUCAAAAUCCAUUAGAUUCUCUUCAUGCUAAAUAUUCAUCAAUCACGGGUCGUAUUGUUGUUACAGACACAGAAUGGGGUCAUUUACAAAUAGAUGCCAUUUCCCUUUACCUUCUUGUCCUAGCUCAAAUGACAGCAUCUGGGUUGCAAAUUGUAUUUUCACUUGAUGAAGUAGCCUUCAUUCAAAAUUUAGUUUUUUAUAUUGAAUCAGCUUAUUGUACACCUGAUUAUGGAAUUUGGGAAAGAGGUGAUAAGACAAAUCAUGGUCUCCCUGAACUGAAUGCUAGUUCAAUUGGAAUGGCUAAAGCAGCAUUGGAGGCAAUGAAUGAGUUGGAUUUGUUUGGAGCUCGAGGUGGUCCAUCUAGUGUGAUUCAUGUUUUAGCAGAUGAAGCACAAAAAUGUCAGGCAGUAUUGCAAUCCAUGCUGCCUAGAGAAUCUAAUAGUAAAGAAUUAGAUUCAGGGCUUCUCUCCAUUAUAAGCUAUCCAGCAUUUGCUGUUGAUGACCCAUCUUUAAUAGCAAAAACAAGGGAAACUAUUGUAACUAAAUUGCAAGGGAAAUAUGGCUGCAAAAGAUUUCUGAGAGAUGGCCAUAAAACACCUAGAGAAGAUCCAAAUAGGCUUUAUUAUGAGCCUUGGGAAUUAAGAAUGUUUGAAAACAUUGAGUGUGAAUGGCCAUUGUUUUUCUGUUAUUUAAUAAUGGACUACUGCUUUCAAGGUGAUAAAAAUAGUGUCUCUGAAUAUAUGCAAAAGUUAGAAAUGAUUAUGAUUAGGAAGGAUGAAGGUAUGAAGCUGGUGCCAGAGCUGUAUUCUGUGCCUGCAGAUAAGGCACAUUUGGAACAAAGUGACCCUGGCAGUCAGGAAAGGAUUCCUCUUGGGAGGUGUCCUUUCAUUUGGGCUCAAUCAUUAUAUAUUCUUGGAAAGCUGUUACAGGAAGGUUUUCUUGCCGUCGGCGAGUUAGAUCCAUUGAACAGAAGGUUAUGUUCUGAAAAGAAACCUGACGUCGUAGUGCAAAUAGUCAUAUUGGCUGAGGAUAGUGAAAUCAGAGACAAAUUAAUGGAGUACGACCUACACGUGCAAACCAUUCAUGAAGUAGCUCCAAUUGAAGUCCAGCCAGCGAGAGUGCUGAGUCAUCUCUAUACUUACUUAGGUAGAAACAAAAAAUUGGGUUUGUCGGGAAGAAAGUCGCGGGAUGUGGGAAUAUUAAGUACGAGCAAGCUUUAUUCAUUAAACGAUAGAAUCUUUGCAUUUACGCCCCAGUUCUCUGAUAUGAAGCGUUUCUACAUAGCGUCUGACUAUGAACUGAUGGUAGACAUGCUCAAAUCAGAAAUUUAUUUCUUGAAGUCCUCGUGGCAAAAUCUACUGGGAAGGCCUCUUAUUAACUUUGACUACGAGGAGUACUACAUGACUCGCGACCCGGCGUUGCUCGCCAGCACGUUUACGGCGAACGUGGCUUUCCUUGGCAUGAGUUGGAAACAAAUGUUGGGAAGACCGACAAUUACGUUACUUGCCACACAGUAUUUAUUAGACCAUGGUAAAAUCCCAAUGGCCAUGAUAACAACGAUGAAGAAGCUGAAGUCUGGUUACAUUAACGGUACGAGAGUGACUCUCGGUAACCUCGGGGACUUUUUAAGCACUUCGGCCAUAACUAACUUGAGUUUUCUGGGAAGCCAGGAGGACGGGUAUCCUGAUAAACUGAAUCCGCAAGUACAAAGCUACUUGGAGGAACAUCUAUUGAAGUCCUUCAGCACUAAGUUCAAUUUCUUAUCGAAGCCGACUGCACCGCGAGGUCGCACUCUGAGGAGACGGAUGUCAGUCAGAGGCGCCAUCAAGAAGACGAGGUCUAUUAAUGUCGAUUCGGAGACUUUGGGAAUGGAAGGAGAAAACGUCGGUCCGCAACAAGGGAUUCUCGAACGGAAACCUUCGUGGCUGGAAGUAGACCCUAUGUUCGGACGCAGCCCCUCACCGGAGGACCCCAAGAGGAGAGCCUUUUCCAAGGGCACGUCAACCACCAGCUUAGCGGUGACUCCCACUAUCGCGAUCACCAAAGAGAGUUCUCCGUCGCCACCCAAAGACGAAGCCACCAACAAGAACGUGGUGGUGCGCAAUCGCACAGCCUCCGAAAACCAGAACUUGGUUUACGCGGAACAAGAGACGGACGAGCUCAUCGGCAUGCUGCGGGAGACCGAGAGCUUGGACGAGCAAGGGGACAUCCUGCAGUACCUGGUCGACACUCACGGACUGGACUUCGGGACCGGGGUUCUCGAGAACGGCAAGAGCGUGACGGUGAAGGACCUGCUGAAGAUCCUGUACGAGAAGGCCUGUUCGCAAAAGCUGUGGGGCCUGGUGCGGCACUCGGCGGGGAUGUUGGGGAAGAGGGUGGAGGACCUGGCCAAGGCCGUCACGGAUCUGCUGGUUCGGCAGAAGCAGAUAACGGUGGGGAUGCCUCCCAACAACGAGUACACCAUCACCGCGCCGCUGCCCGAGAACGAACUGCGGCAGCUCAUCCACUGCGCUUACGGCGACGACGAGAGCACGGCGAUGCUGACCCAAGAGCUGCUGGUGUACCUGGCCAUGUUCAUUCGGACGGAGCCGCAGUUGUUCCUGGAGAUGCUGCGGCUGAGGGUGGGGCUCAUCAUUCAGGUGAUGGCGACGGAAUUAUCCCGCACCCUCUCUUGUGACGGCGAAGAGGCAUCGGAACAUCUCCUCAACUUGUCGCCGUUUGAGAUGAAGAAUCUCCUCUAUCACAUCCUGAGCGGGAAAGAGUUUGCGAUUAAUAGCGCAAACUCAGUGUUCGGUUUACCGCUUAAGUUUAGGAAGGAAGGUCGCGGUAACUUCUCUAUUGUGAGCAACAAAUCGACUCGGUACGGAAAGAAGUCACAAAUCGUACUCGAAGGACAGACUCUUCAAGGCAUCGAAGACGCUCCGACGGUGGAGCCGGAUCGCCAAGGGCAGUGGUUGAGACGUCGGCGCUUGGACGGAGCUCUCAAUCGAGUUCCGAGAGAUUUCUAUCCGAGAGUGUGGGGUGUCUUAGAAAAGUGCCAAGGUCUGGUCAUCCAGGGGAAGACACUUCAACCGAACUUGACCCAAGAGAUGACGCCCGGAGAAUUGAAGUUCGCGUUGGCCGUCGAGACGGUGCUCAACUCGAUCCCUCAGCCCGAGUACCGGCAGUUGGUGGUGGAGGCGCUCAUGGUCCUGACGCUUAUCGUGGAAUACAAAACGAUCGACAACUUGGGGGGAACCAUCACGGUGGAGCAUUUGGUGCACAAGGCCAAUCAGAUAUUUUUGGAAGAUCAGAUGCGUUGUAACGGCGACGCCACCCUGUGCUGUGCGAAGCCCGAGUGGGGGGGCGGGGGGCAGGUGUGCGGCGGGGCGGCGGGCGUGUGCCAGCUGCUGUACGACAGCGCCCCCAGCGGCAGCUACGGCACCAUGACGUACCUGGCCCGCAGUGUCGCGACCCUGCUGGCCGACAGGAUGCCGCACGACACGCCCAUCGAGUGCACCAUCACGUAA